AUGGAUUUUGGAUUGGAGAGGACGAGACGAUUGUUAGAUGCACUUGACAAACCAGAUGAACGAAUCAAGAUUGUUCAUGUGGCUGGAACAAAUGGUAAAGGCUCUGUCUGUGCUUAUGUUGCAUCUGUAUUACGCACAUGUGGAUAUUCUGUUGGUAGAUUCAAUUCACCUCAUCUCAUCGAGCCACGAGACAGCAUCAAUGUGAACGGACAGGCUAUAAGCCAAAUAGAUUACAAUCACGCUGUUGAAGCAAUCGAUAGACUAGACAAGAACGAAAAGAUAGGUGCAACAUCCUUUGAAAGGCUUGUAGCCACUGCCUUUUAUCUGUUUGAUCAACACCAUGUCGAGUUUGUCGUGUUGGAAGUGGGGCUCGGUGGACGUUAUGAUGCGACAAACGCGAUUGGUCGACCAACGAUGUGUAUCAUUACUGCCAUUGGCAUGGAUCAUGCAAAUAUAUUGGGAAAUGCGAUUGAAGAAAUUGCAUAUGCAAAGGCAGGCAUCAUGAAACCGGGUUGUCCAGUGGUCAUUGCACCUCAAGAUGAUUCUGUUGCUCUGGAUACCCUCGAGGGCUAUGCUCGACAAGUUCAAUGUCCGUACAAGCUGGCGAUGGCUGCGGAAUGGAUAGGAUCACAGAUGUGCUCUCUCUCUGUAGAUAAACAAGAGUACACAUACACCAUUCAACUGAAUGGAGACUAUCAACGCAUGAACUCUGGUACGGCCGUCACCGCACUGGACUGGCUCCAUCAGUUAGGUGUCAUUCAACUGACAGUAGAUCAAUUGGCAGCAGGCAUGGCCAAGGCUCUAUGGCCUGGUAGACUAGAUUGGAUCACAAGCGCACGGGCACCAAAAUUAAAAAUGUUUCAUCUUGACAACAUUCUCGUGGACGGUGCACAUAAUCCACCCGCAGCCGCUGCCUUGCAUCGUCAUGUUGAAUCACUUCGAAAGAAACGAGUCAUUUGGAUUAUUGGAGCCACAACAGGAAAGAACAUCAAAGACAUGCUUCAUCAACUUGUGAAACCAGAGGAUGCCUUACUGGCUGUUCCCUUCAGUCAGCCAGAGGGUAUGCCUUGGAUACAAUCUAUUGACCCUUCAGAGAUAGCAAAUCAUGUCAAAGGCGCUUCCAGUUGGUGUUCAUUAGAACAGGCUUUAAAAGAGGCAGGUACCUUACGUCAGCCUAAAGAUAUCGUCGUCCUUUGUGGAUCUCUUUAUCUUGUUGCCGAUUUUUAUCGACUUUGUGAGUCAAAUUUGAUCUGA